UAGGGGUCCUGGAGGAGGAGGGAGCGGGGCGCGCCCAGGGCCGAGGUCCUCUCCCACCUCGUCCCCUGAGACCCCGCAGCCCCCUCGCCUGGCCAGAGCGGGCGCCUGUGUCCACCUGGGUGCUGAGUAAUGCUGCCCGGGAAAGUGGCAGUGCCAACAAAGGCUUGUCAGACUGGCCAGGUGGUUGCUGUAUAUGGAACUUUAUCUGAUUUGCUUUCUGUGGCCAGCAGUAAACUCGGCAUAAAAGCCACCAGUGUGUAUAAUGGGAAAGGUGGACUGAUUGAUGAUAUUGCUUUGAUCAGGGAUGAUGAUGUUUUGUUUGUGUGUGAAGGAGAGCCAUUUAUUGAUCCUCAGACAGAUUCUAAGCCACCUGAAGGAUUAUUAGGAUCUCACACAGACUGGCUAACAUUAAAUGUUGGAGGGCGGUACUUUACAACUACACGGAGCACUUUAGUGAAUAAAGAACCUGACAGUAUGCUGGCCCACAUGUUUAAGGACAAAGGUGUCUGGGGAAAUAAGCAAGAUCAUAGAGGAGCUUUCUUAAUCGACCGAAGUCCUGAGUACUUUGAACCCAUUUUGAACUACUUGCGUCAUGGACAGCUUAUUGUAAAUGAUGGCAUUAACUUAUUGGGUGUAUUAGAAGAAGCCAGAUUUUUUGGUAUUGACUCACUGAUUGAACACCUAGAAGUAGCAAUAAAGAACUCCCAACCACCGGAGGAUCAUUCACCAAUAUCCCGAAAGGAAUUUGUUCGAUUUCUGCUAGCAACUCCAACCAAGUCAGAAUUACGUUGCCAGGGUUUAAACUUCAGUGGUGCUGAUCUUUCUCGUUUGGACCUUCGAUACAUUAAUUUCAAAAUGGCCAACUUAAGCCGCUGCAACCUUGCACAUGCAAAUCUCUGCUGUGCUAAUCUUGAACGAGCUGAUCUUUCCGGAUCAGUGCUUGAUUGUGCAAAUCUCCAGGGAGUCAAGAUGCUUUGUUCUAAUGCAGAAGGUGCAUCCCUGAAACUGUGUAAUUUUGAGGAUCCUUCUGGUCUUAAAGCCAAUUUAGAAGGUGCUAAUCUGAAAGGUGUAGAUAUGGAAGGAAGUCAAAUGACAGGAAUUAACCUGAGAGUUGCUACCUUAAAAAAUGCAAAGUUGAAGAACUGUAACCUCAGAGGAGCUACUCUGGCAGGAACUGAUUUAGAGAACUGUGAUCUGUCUGGGUGUGACCUUCAGGAAGCUAACCUCAGAGGUUCCAAUGUGAAGGGGGCUAUAUUUGAAGAGAUGUUGACACCACUACACAUGUCCCAGAGUGUCAGAUGAGAAUCUCAGGGGCUGGAGGAAGAUGUCUGAGAUGAAAAAUGUUCUCCUAAUCAUUUUCUUUCUCCACUCUCUCAGUUAUCUAGAAAAAAUAACACUGUAAAGGAAUUUAAAAAAAAAAAAAAAAAGUUUAGAGGAUUAUGCUUGUUCUCAGGAGUGCAUAAGGGAGAAAUUGAAUUUUUUCCAUAUUCUGAUUUUAACAGAAAAGCACUCAUUUAAUAGUUGUAGGGAAACUUAGAUUAUAUUGCUGCCUUUUGAAUGGGGUAGGGAGAUAUGCUUGGUCUUAUGACCAGGAAUAUAGUAUCUAUUUUAUUUGCUUUUAAAUAGGCAUGAUGUGGAAAUCCAUCUUGGAUUAAGAUGCAUUUGAGAAAUUUAAUUUAUGAAAAGCACAACAUAUGCAACUAUAUUUAUUGAAUACCUAGAUGCAGUAUGGAUAUUUAAAUUGUUAAACUUUAUGAAAAGUUUGGAAAGGUUGUUCAGGUUUAUGAAUAGCUUUAGCAAUGCCUCCCCUCUUUAUGUACCUGUCACACUGUAUGAAUAUGGUGAGGUCAUACUCCCUAAGGCUCUCUUUUCAGGUUUAUUUUUAUAAUGUUUACUUUUAGAACAAAACAAUAGCUAAAUUAGAGAAAUAGCCUGUUGUUCCUAUUGAGGCAGAGAGGAAAGAUAUCGUUGUACAUCUUUAUUAUAUUGAAGAUUUAUUGGAACUCUCCAGUUGAAGGAUGAAUUUGCCUACAGUUACAACUUUUGAAUGAGCAUUCCUCAGAAGUUCAUUCUAGGCAAGUUCCACUCAACAUCAGACCAGGAGGUUCUGUCUAUUUAUACUACUAACCUAAUUUUCUCAGAUACAAUCAAUAUAUAAGCAUAGGAUGAUACUUCAAAACCAAAAAACCAAGGUUCAUCUUUAAUAGCCACUUAAUAAAAUGUCAAAUGGUUUAAAUUGGGCCAGCUUAAAAAUAGGUAUCAAUCCAAAACUGCUGCAAUUAAGAGUAUAAAAUACAAAUAAAAAGGACAAAAUAACUUUUUAGAAGGCAAUAUAAUAUAAUUGCAGCUAAAAUCUUACAGUGGGAAACGAGGAUAUUUAAACUGGCUAUUUGAUUAAACCAUCAAAAGAAACUAAUAAAUAAAAAUAAAGGCAUUUGGAUGGCCUAAGAUAUUAA